AAUGUCCAGAAGGUUUAAUUAGAUACAGAAUAAAUAAAUUGAUUGGUCAAAUGAGUAACAAAGAAAAAAGAGACUUAUUCUUGAUAGUCCAGAUACUAAAGAGACUGUAACUAUAUUACCUAAAUAAGUAUGAUAUUGAUCUUAAUAAAAUAAUAGAAAAUACCAAACUCAAACACAUUACCUAAGCAUUUUAUUUCUGGACAAAAGAAGAAAGCAAGAUUAAAAUAAUAAACUUAAGAAGAAUGUCCUAUUUGUUUAAUGAAUUUAGAUGAUGUAUAAAAGGUUUGUGAAAUUGAUGUAUGCAAUCAUUAGAUAUGUUCAACUUGUAUAAAAGAAUGGGCAGAAAAAUAUAAAACAUAAUGUCCAUGUUGUAGAGCAAAAUUCAAAUUUAUUUAUCCAAUAAAAGAUGGAAAAAGAGAAAACAAUCCAAUAAAAUUAAAUUUAAAUUUACCAAAAUGGAAUUAAGAAGAAGAUGAAUUUUAUGAAGAUGAUUAUGAUGAUGAAGAAAGAUGUUAAGUUUGUUAAUUUUCACAUACUCCUUAUUUAAUGUUAAUUUGUGAUAAAUGUAAUGAUGCAUUUUGUCAUACUUUUUGUGAUCCAGCCUAAUUAGAAUUAAAAGUUCCAAGUAGUAAAUGGUAUUGUUUGGAUUGUAGAAAGUCAAAAUUUAUUUACUACAAACAUAGAUGA